GCGACUUUCAACAACCACUUCUCUUUCGCAUUUUCCGACGCAUUAAUUCCGUUUUAUUCUAUUUUUCCUCCGACUAGGAUACUUGGGUCUGACUUCCAGCAUGCGUGAGAUAGUAAGGUCGCUCCUUGGCUUUUGUUCUCCCUGUUAAUGUAAUUGCUGACCUUGUGGCCCUGGCUGCGCAAAAUACAGAUCCAUCUUCAGACUGGCCAGUGUGGCAACCAAGUGGGCGCUGCCUUCUGGUAAACUCAGCAUAUGAAUGCAAACUAUCUCCGACGAACAUGGUCUAGACCAAUCCGGCAUGUACAGGGGUACGUCCGAUUUGCAGCUAGAGCGGAUGAAUGUCUAUUUCAACGAGGCCAGAGACAAUAAAUACGUCCCGCGUGCAGUCCUCGUCGACUUGGAACCAGGGGCGAUGGAUGUCAUCCGUUCUGGCUUCCACGGCGCUCUUUUCCGACCUGAUAAUUACGUGUUUGGGCAGUCUGGAGCGGGCAACAACUGGGCGAAAGGCCACUACACAGAAGGUGCAGAGCUGGUGGAUCAAGUACUUGAUGUUGUCCGCCGGGAAGCGGAGGGUUGUGACUCCCUGCAGGGGUUUCAGUUUACCCACUCCCUGGGCGGCGGUACUGGGGCUGGCAUGGGCACUCUUCUGAUCUCCAAGGUCCGGGAAGAAUUCCCCGAUCGUAUGAUGGCCACAUUUUCUGUAUUGCCCUCCCCCAAAGUCUCUGACACGGUGGUGGAGCCAUACAAUGCGACACUGUCAGUGCAUCAAUUAGUCGAGCAUGCGGAUGAAACUUUCUGCAUAGACAAUGAGGCGCUCUAUGAUAUCUGCACACGCACCUUGAAGUUAUCGUCACCUUCGUAUGGUGAUCUCAACCACUUGGUCUCUUCUGUUAUGUCCGGGGUCACCGCCAGCCUUCGGUUUCCCGGUCAACUGAAUUCCGACCUGCGGAAGCUAGCGGUCAAUAUGAUCCCGUUCCCUCGGUUGCAUUUCUUUAUGGUGGGCUUCGCCCCGUUAACCAGUCGAGAGACCCGUUCAUUCCGCGCUGUUACAGUCCCAGAGCUUGCGCGGCAGAUGUUUGAUAUAAAAAACAUGAUGGCCGCUUGUGACUUCCGCAAUGGCCGCUUUCUGACAUGCUCUACAACCUUUCGUGGCAAGGUCUCCAUGAGAGAAGUUGAGGAUCAAAUGCGCAAAAUGCAGAGCAAAAACUCUGAUUACUUUGUCGAAUGGGUGCCUAAUAAUAUUCAGACAGCGCUAUGCUCCGUCCCCCCGCGGGGACUCAAGAUGUCUGCGACCUUCGUGGGUAAUUCCACAUCCAUCCAAGAGCUGUUUCAGCGUGUGGGUGCCCAAUUCAGCGCUAUGUUUCGCCGCAAAGCAUUUUUACAUUGGUAUACAAGCGAGGGUAUGGAUGAGAUGGAGUUCACAGAGGCGGAAAGCAAUAUGAAUGACUUGGUAUCGGAAUAUCAGCAAUACCAGGACGCCACAAUCCCCAACCACGAGAAUCAAGAUUACCCCUAGAAAUAGCUCCAGGACACUCGGCGUCAUGAAGCUCUAGGUCUUUCUUGCCUGGCUGUUGAGCCACAGUAAAUUGUCCUAAUUCUUGGAGACUGAUGGCCAAAUGGGCCUGCGCAAUACUGCCUUUAAUAAACAUAAUCGGAUGUCGCUUGGAGUCUAAAUUGCAUUCCUCAAAGCGUUUAAUAUUAUGAGUAACUGUAAUAGAGAGCUUGACUGUUUUAGGAGUAUCCCAAGUGAAAUAUGUUGUCGUUACUGGAAGAUGACUAAGGCGUAAAAAGGCCGGCUUUUCGGUAGAUUCUCUAAAGCAACCUCUGGAUACUAGGGCACUAGUUCUGCAGCGCGGAGUCUAU